AUAUCCACAGGCUGCAGCUUUUGGUUGGAGGACGAAAAAGAAAAAAAAAGAAAUAAACAAACAGGGCUUUUGCCAGCGGGGAAUUGGCCAAAUUAAAACGUAAGCAUGCAGUUGUUAUAUCAUUGUCACAUCUGGCCGGGCCACCUCCACCGCGCCUGCUGUCGGUGCGGUCAACCCGGGGGCGACAGGAAGUACGUGGGGGUCAGUGGAUCCGGUGCGCACUAACCAUGCCUCCGGCACGGCCCGGAGCGCACAAACUUUCGCCAGCUAAGCCCGGGCAUGUGCGGGGAUCGUGACGGGACUGAAGGUGUUAGAGGGAGGAAAGGAUAGAGAAGACAGAGAAUUCGUCCUGUUAGUGUAGGUUGUGCUGACGACAGGAUUCUCUGGUUCUCCGCUGCUGAAUCCUGUGACUGAGCCGCCAAUCUGUCCAUUUGUGUGAGUGUGUGUGAUUGUCUUACCCUGGGCUAUCAAGGCUUGGCACUGGCUGAACUGCAGCCAUGGAGGUGGCCCUGGUAGACUUUGAGAGCCUGGAUGAACUUGACGGCAGCCUUGAGGAUGAGGUGGACACCUAUGCUGAUGAGACCACAGCUCUCACGGUGGACCUACCCCCAGAGGACCACAGCUCACGCGGCAACUACCUUCUGCGAGCUUCUCAACUUUCCUCUACACCCUCCCACCACAGUACUGUGCCCUCCUGCAUUUGGGAAUCCACCUCAUCUUCACCCAUUCAACAAGCACAUACACUGGUGGUGCCCCAGUCCCCUACGAUACCAUCCCCAAGCAGGCAGGGGCGCAGUAGCUGCGACAGCAUAAUCUCCAACUGGAAAUUGCUGCUAAGUAGUGAGGGCACUAAGGAGAGUGAGACGAUCUUCAAUCGGCUUGCUAAGGAGUGCUGCGAAGAUUUAUUCGCCGAUAAACCUGGGCUCGAUGAUGGAGAACAGAAAGUCAUCAUCAACAUUGCUGGUCUCCGUUUUGAGACGCAGCUCAAAACAUUGGACCAGUUUCCUGAAACUCUGCUUGGAGACCCUUUGAAGAGAAUGGAGUACUUUGAUCCAAUGAGGAAUGAGUAUUUCUUUGAUCGGAACAGACCCAGUUUUGACGGGAUCUUGUAUUACUACCAAUCAGGGGGUAAGAUCAGACGACCAGCUAAUGUUCCCCUUGAUGUGUUUGCAGAUGAAAUUGUGUUUUAUGAGCUUGGAAAUGAGGCCUUGGAGCAGUUCAGAGAAGAUGAAGGAUUUAUAAAGGAUGUUGACAUACCUCUACCUUCUAAUGACAUGUACAAGCAAUUCUGGUUACUGUUUGAGUACCCAGAGAGCUCCAAUGCUGCCCGGGGUGUAGCACUUGUGUCUGUUUUUGUUAUUGUCAUAUCCAUCAUUAUUUUCUGCAUGGAAACUCUUCCGGAAUUUAGAGAUGACUCUGACCCAGUUGUACCCACAGUUCUACAACCUUUCAACCAAUCCAGAGGUAGCACGGCUCCACCUGGUGCCAAUCCCACAACUUUCUCUGAUCCCUUCUUCGUCAUUGAGACCGCCUGCAUCACCUGGUUUUUCUUUGAGCUCUGUCUGAGGUUUUUGGUCUGUCCCAGCAAAAAGGAAUUUUUCCACAACCUCAUGAACAUCAUUGACAUUAUAUCCAUAAUCCCCUAUUUCGUUACUGUGAUUACAGAAAUGGUCACAACGCCAGAGGAAAACUCAGGGCAGAACAUGUCUUUGGCCAUUCUUCGUAUCAUCCGCCUUGUCAGGGUGUUUCGUAUAUUUAAACUCUCACGUCACUCCAAGGGACUGCAAAUCCUGGGACAGACUCUAAAAGCCAGUAUGCGUGAGCUCGGCUUGCUCAUCUUUUUCCUCUUCAUUGGAGUCAUCCUUUUCUCCAGUGCUAUCUACUUUGCUGAGGUAGAUGAGCCUAACACACAGUUUGUCAGCAUACCUGAUGGAUUCUGGUGGGCUGUGGUUACCAUGACCACUGUGGGCUAUGGGGACAUGUGUCCCAUCACCAUGGGGGGCAAGAUGGUGGGCACCCUGUGUGCCAUCGCAGGUGUGCUGACCAUCGCUUUGCCUGUUCCUGUUAUUGUCUCUAACUUCAACUACUUCUACCAUAGAGAGACAGAGGCAGAGGACAAGUUGCCGUUGACAGAUGCUAAUGAGCAAGACAUGAAGGCUGAGACAAAUAACAAGCAGGGUAGCAACACCUCACUCAAUAUACCCAAUGGCAUUUGGGAGAUGAACAAAUAACUGAAGGACUCUGUUAAAAAGAAGAAGAAACUUCCACAAAGCAGUGUAAGAAUUUUGAAGAUAUAGAGACUAUACAGAGAUUUAACCUUCAUGAUUUGUGUUGAAGAACGACUAAGUGAGGUAUGUUGUUUGUAAACUUUAAAAAUAUGUUUUAUAAUGAAAUACAGGGCAUACCCUGAUUGCCUCUUCAGUGUCUAUUAUGAGAAUGACACAUUGGAAAUAACAGACAAGUCAUGUUCAAGAUGUCAACAUAUUACAAGCUUACUUUGUGUUAGGACAAUUUGUUUGUUAAGCAUAAAAGACCCUUAUUGUCAUAUUUCAGCAGUAUAUAUGUUUAAAGUUGUUUUUAUAAUUUUUGUCUUAUUUGUAGUAUCUUGGCCAUUAAUCCUAAUGCUUAUAACAUUUUGCGCACCAGCUUGACUGCUGAGAUUUUGGACACACAGACUUGAAACACAACUUUAAAAAGAGUGAAGAGUUGAAGUUUCUUCAAGGGCCAUGAAAGUACAAGAGUUAUACAGGUUUUAACCAGACACAUUUAAUGAAAAUAAUAGAGAGGAGUUAAAUGCCACCAGCCUGCGUGUUAUAUGGAGCAACUUCUUGGCUCAAUUUAUGGGAAUGACCUUUCCGCUGCUGCAAUAGCUGACAAAUAAUGUUUAUGACAGUAACAUUACUGGCUUACUUCACUGAUAGGUCAAGAGGUCGUGCAAUAGGUCAAGUGAAUCAUGAGGCAAACUACUAGAACAAAAACUUAAAAAUGUGCCGUAUAGAGUUUCCACAAUGUUACUAUGACAAUACUGAGAGUCAGUUUUUGAUGCUUGAGACAUGUAUAGAUGAUCUAUUGCACCCACAAGAUGAUGCAGCUUUCUUCAGAUGUGCAAAAUCAUCAAGUGAUAGGAAUGAUGGCCAAUCCUUCUCAAAUAGGACCAAGGUUGUUUAUGAAAACAUUGCAAAACACAAAUAUCUCAAAUUAAAUUUUUCUGUAAGAAUGUGUACCUUGUAUAUAGUUUCUAGGAUAUAGGUCUGCUGUAUUUAUUUAUUUUUAAAUGUCUCACGAUUUCAUUGUAUUUAUUCAUUCUCUCUGAUACGUAUCGGGGGUAACAAUACUCCACUAAUUAUAGUCGUCUGACUUCACACUAUGUAUUUAAUGGAGUGCCUUAAAAUACGUAUUUAGGAAACUGUUGAACUCGCCAUACAUAAUCUUACUGUAACACCCAUCAUCAUGCAUAUAUACUUAUAUACGUAUUUUUUAUUUCAGCUUGGUUGAAAAUGUACAAGUUGUUCUCCAUUCUGGCAUUUGAUUGUGAGAGUUAUUAUCCAAAACGCUGUCCGACAAAGAAAUGCAUUCUGACCUGAAAUACAGUAUAUUGUAGCCAAAGUACAGCAAAGAUUGAAUCUGUUUGUGAAGCGGAUACCUUUUGGAUCUCAUGUAUAAACAUCAUCAGUGGACAUCAUAUUGACAGAAUAAAAGUUUCAGUUACAACGUGAUCAGAAAAAAACAGAAAGUAGAGAGAAGCCAAAGAUAACCAUGAAUACAGGGUAUAAAGGGAACUGUUAUAGCUGUUGCAUUAGUCCUGCUGUUGCAGGACUAAUGGUAAAUUAUGCUGUGUUAAUGCAAUGUCAAAAUGGUAUUUUUUUAUAUCUUGUAUUUACUGAUUAUAAAAGAAAUGUUUGAAAGUAAGUUGCAUGUUAUUCUAGCUCCAGAAGGAUAUUAUCUCAAAAUAGCUUGGUCUUGUAUAAUGUCUGGAUUUCUGGUUGAGCAUAAAAUCCAAUUAAAUUUACCACCAACCUACAAAAAAUGCUUUCAUUGGUAACACACACACGAGUUCUUUCAGAUUAAAGUUAGCUAUUGUGUAAGUUGUUAACCUUAAUUUGAAGUUAAAAAACUUCAGUUGUGUGUUACCAAAUAAAGUCAUAUUUUAAGUUGGUUCAACAAUUUCCUUUUUCAGUGUUAUAUGCGUCUUCAAGGAGAUGAUACUUCAGCUUUAAGGAUAUAAAGAUGAUUACAGUGGUUAUACAGUAUGCCCAUUUUAAUGAUAUGAAUGUCAGUCCCUUGUCUGUAAAGUCCCAGUUAAGUAACUACUCAGAGGUAGACUGGCCUGAAGUUAUUACCUUGUGUUGUCAGGACUACAACGCGGGUGAGGGUUUAUCACACCAACAUGACCAUUACACUGUAUUUGUAUUUGUACAUAUCAGUAUAUGACUUACUGUUAUGUUGAUGCAAUAUAUUCUGGAAUUUUAAUAAUGUCUCCUCAUGUUUUAUGUGGUCUGAUGUUUUUCAAAAGGGUGUGUGUGUGUGAGCACGCUCUUGUACAGCUAUCUUUGUGAGGACCAGUACAACCUACGGAGUGAGGACAUUUUGGGAAAGUGAGGACCUUUUGGCAGGUCCUCA